GCUACUGGCCCUUAAAGAGAGACGCCGCAGCGACUUCGGCUGGCGUUUCAGAAUGACGUGUAUUUGCCGCGACUCGCAUUUCCUGGAGGCUCCACGUGGUUUGGGUGCUGCGGCGGGUCCUUUCGCUGAUCCCGCCAUGGAGCUUCUGGCGGCGCAUUCGCCGCCGCAGCAGCCUCCACAGAAGCGGUAUUACCGGCAGCGUGCUCAUUCCAACCCGCUUGCGGAUCACACCUUACGCUAUCCUGCCAAGCCCGAAGAAAUGGACUGGUCAGAACUCUAUCCAGAAUUUUUUGCUCCUUUGACCAAAGACAAUCGACAUGAUGACCCAAAGGAUGCAGAAGAGAGAGCCAAGCCUGCCUCUCAAGUAGAACUGGCUGAUAUUGGCUGUGGUUAUGGGGGAUUGCUGGUUGCAUUGUCUCCCCUGUUUCCCAACACCUUAAUGUUGGGCCUAGAGAUCCGAGUGAAGGUCUCAGAUUAUGUGCGAGACAGAAUCUCAUCACUGAGAGCAUCCCAUCCUGGGCAGUACCAGAACAUUGCCUGCAUCCGCAGCAAUGCCAUGAAACACUUGCCCAACUUUUUCCACAAGGGCCAGCUUUGCAAGAUGUUCUUUCUCUUCCCCGACCCUCACUUCAAAAAGACAAAGCACAAGUGGCGGAUUAUCAGCAGCACCUUGCUGGCAGAAUACGCCUAUGUCCUCCGUGAGAAGGGUCUAGUAUAUACCAUCACAGAUGUGGAGGAGGUGCACAAGUGGAUGGUAAAACAUUUCCAAGAACAUCCACUUUUUGAGCAAGUGCCGUUAGAAGAGUUGAUCAGUGACCCCGUCGUAAACCUCUUGGGCACCUCAACUGAGGAAGGAAAGAAGGUUCAGAGGAAUGGAGGGAAGACGUUCCCCGCGGUGUUCCGGCGAAUCACAGAACAUUCCCUAUAGGGAAUGGAUGCAGCACAGGAACAGGAAGUGGCAGGCACAUGACUUGGGGAUUUUCCUCGGCUCUGACAAGAGUCACAUCCAUCUCUGCAAUGUGGAGAGGGGACAUGGAUUGCAUUAAGAAUGGGAUGGACUUGCAUGCCUGCGGCCACAUCUAUAAAUACGGCAGGGGAAUCCCCUUGGAAAAAAACACUCUAUGGUUGCAUAACAGAUUGUUUCGAUCUCUUGUUUUUGCCCAUAACGGGUCAGAGUGUAUUGUGUCAGCCUUAGUGAUGGAAAUGUGAGUCAGCAGGACUGAUCAUUAUGGGAGGAAGAGACCGCAGCCUCCAAUUCAAAUUUAUUUGCUUUUCAAUAAAUAAAUAAUAAAUAUUUUUCCAAUAAAUAAA